AUGCCUCUCUGGAACAUUUACCACUCUCCGGGAGUCUUUGAGUCUCCGGAGAAUCGGAAAACCCUCGCUGCAGACAUCACCAAGCUCUACACCACCAUAGUUGGCCUCCCUGCCUUCUAUGUCGUCGUCCGCUUUAUCUGCACCCCGAACGACACCACCUUUAUUGGAGGCGAGAUAAGAGAUGAGAAGCCCUUUGUUAGUCUCGUGGUUGAGCAUGUAGCCGUCCACAAAAACGACGGAGGGGAAAACGCCGCUCAAAUCUUCAGCGAUCGUAUCAAUGAGGCCCUUGCUCCUCACAUCGCCGAGAAGGGCUAUGAUUGGGAAAUUACGAUCAGCGAUACCGCCCGGGAUUACUGGAGGAUCAAUGGGAUGGUGCCACCUGCGUGGAAGAGCGAGGCGGAGAAACGAUGGGUUGAACUCAACCGACCAGUCGAAUGGGAGGGGAAGUAG